UACCGAAAACAAGUACGUCGUUCGAUAUCUCGUUUUUAAAAGCUGAUCUGGCAACGCCAAGCUUGUACACUUUUAAUUGUGGCAAAAAACAUAUGUUCAAUGCAUUUUUUAUUAACCCGAAAUGGCCAGCACUUCCCGCGCAGCUAGGAGCCAGAAUGCCAACCUCUCGCAGGCAACUCAACAACCCGUUCGAGAGGUCGACGCCAAGGUUCGCGCCAUUCUAAACUACAUCCUUGAUCAUACGGCCCAGAAGAUUCCCAUAAAGGACAAGGAUUUGCUGGCGGCGGCUGGUAACAAGAACGAACUGAAGGAGCGCCUGCCGCUGGUCACUGAACUGCUGGCCCAAAGAUUCGGUAUAUUGCUAACCCCACUAGAUGCGACCUCCAAGACUUUCAUCUGCACUGCGGAGGAGCCGGUGGCCUCCAUCCAUGAGCUAACCGCGGCUCAACGCCCACAGUUUACGCUGCUGUACAUCAUUCUCAUGUACAUCUUCCUGCGCGGCAACCGCAUCGAGGACUCCAAACUAUACGGUAUACUAGAGUUGCUCAACAUCCAUCCAGACGAGGAACAUGGCUACUUUGGCGCCAGUGUGCGCAAGCAGAUCGAGGAAACGUUUGUGAAGCAGCAAUAUUUGAAGCGAGAACGCUCCCAGCUAAGCGCUUACGAUGAUCCCAAGACAUUCUUCCUUUGGGGACCACGUGCCAAGGCAGAGUUCACAUUCGAGCAAAUCGUGCAAUUUGCCUCCAGGCUGCUCAAUCAGCAUCCCAAGAUCUUCGAGCAUUACCUCUCCAUGGCCCAAGAAGGGUUAAACGCGGAGCAGUAGAACGCUCAGCCCCCGUUAACAAAAUUUUAAUUAUAAUUCGAUUUUCAAGUUUCUACUUCUAAAAUAAAUUCGUUUCCAUAUAAAGUUUCUGAAUUUUAUUUAACAAAUUGAAAACGAAGUUAUUUAUGUAUGUAUGUAUAAUUUGUAGGCUACCUAG